AUGGCGAAAUUCGACGAGGGUCUUGCUUUCUACGCACAAAUGCUUCUACGCCUCCGCAAUCUACAUAAUGAGGCCAACCUCCUGUCUAAUCGCAUUGAGGCUAUUACUAUGACUGUGACACGUUCGCAGACAUCCGGUCUUUCCACCUCUUCUCAGUCUCCGUCUUCUGAAAUUAAAGUCAUCCCAACUUCUAAAACGUUCCUCUCUUUGGACACACUACCCCCUGCUUCUCAGUUCGUCUCCCCUUCACUUUGUUCUGCUACUAAACCAAUCACUGACUUGACUUCAGCCUCAGGCUUGACUCCGAAUUCUGUGCUCCCUUCUAUCCCAAAUAAGCUUUUAAGUUCUGAUCCGACGCCUCAGGACUAUACAACUGGCAAGUUCUGA